AAGCCCCUCUUCCUUUUCGCCGGAUCUUCUUGUGCACAUCGUCGCAUAUCCCAAAGCAGAAAACGCAAAAAGAAACCAGCAGUCCAAGCAACGAACUAGCGACAAGCGAAGGCGGAGGGAGUUGACGAUGGGGCAGUGCGGGUGCUUCGGGGCGGCGCAGAAGGAGCAGCGGGCGGAGGCCGACCGCCUCGAGGCGCAGGAGGCCCGCGCAAGGGCCGCCGAGGCCGCCCAGAAGAGGCAGCAGGAAUAUGAAAAGUCAGCUGCUGGACGAGCAGCACGGGCACAGAUUAAAGCUAUGAAGGAGUCCAAGACAUCAUCAAACCAAGGAGAGCCGGUUCUUAAGUGGCAGAUGGGGUAAAAUCGUCGUAGUGUCCUUGCAACCCUCAGUGUGUUGUUGAUGGUGCGCGGAAGCUUGUUUUCUUUUGAUCAUGCGAUGCAGUUUGGUCACCUAACUCAUUUGCGAUUUUUUGCAAGUGAAGUGUACAUCCUUUUAGUCACUGCCAUACAUGCUUAUUCAGAGAUGGCGUGUGUGUUGUCCAAUUUGUCUUCUAGAAGUGUUUCGUGUGUUACUGUACAUUCUGUAGACAAAGCUACUGCAUUGAAAGUGAUAUUUUGGUUACACUUCUUUGUACAAAGCUACGGGAGCGUGAUAUCUGCAACUAUCCAGUGGGGUUUCCUUUUAAGAGUUCCACCAAGAUUGCUUUUGCGUUAA